AUGAAUAAUUUACAGGUCCCAAGAAGAAGGCGCCGUGGACUGUCGGUGAAUGCUCUGACAGAAGAUCAGAAAGAGGCAAUGACCAGUUCAUUAGAUCAUUUACAGGAUGAUAUUGUCUUAGUUAAUACUCAAUGGUCAAAAACAUUAACUGAGACAACUAAUCCUUUGGAAUUUGCAUUGUCAUUUUUAGAUACUACAUCAGUUGGUUUAGGCCAUAGAUUGCCUGAGUUUCAUCAAUUGCAGAGUAAAAUUGGAUACGAUCUACAAAAUACUGUCAAUGAGCAUUACCAAGAAUUUAAUAGCAAUGUUGCUUCUUAUGGGACUGCAGUACACUUUAUUACGGAAGCUCAAGAGAAAAUUCUUGAAGUAAAAACUAACCUAAGCGAUGCCAAUAGAAAUAUCACAGUCAAAAAAGGUUCUCUUGAAGAGUUAAAUGAAAAUUCCCAAAAAUAUACAAAUAUGUUGAAAAUAUUACCAGCCAUAGAGAAAUUAAUUUCAACACCUGAGAAAAUUGAAGCUCAUAUUAGAGAAGAAAAUUAUCAAGAUGCAAAACAACUAUUAGUAGAUUCUUAUUUUCUGGCAAAUACUCAUUCUCUUUGGGAGAUUCAAUCUUUAAAGCCUAUCAAGGAGCAGUUACAAAUGCAAGAUCAUUCUUUAUUUAAUAAUUUAAUCGAGGAUAUCCAUGAUUUGGUUUACUCCAAGAAUUUAUUUAGAUAUUCAGAUUCUUCCUUAUUGAAAGAUUUGACUACUCCUGAAGAUGAUUUUACUGGGGCGGAAACUUAUUUGAAUAAUAUUGUCAAUACUGAUUUUGUCAAUAAGUCAGAACUGAUUAAUUCAGAUUUAAAAGAUUUUAUAAAAGAAUUAAAAACUUUGACACCAAGUGAUCUGAAGAAAUUAGAAAAAAUUAAAGGCAAGACUGACAAUGAAAAGAUUUUUUCCUUACUUUCAAUUAUUAAUGACAUGAAUAAAUUAUCCCAAGCAAGCACGAUUUUACUUGAUAGAGCAAAAGUGGAAAUUCAUUCUAUUUUAUUGAGAACUACUGAUUCUCUACGUGCCAAACAUCCAUCCCUGCUGAAACUUGUAGAUGAUGUAUCAAAACAAAACGAUUUUGGGAUAUCUCUGGAAAAUAUGCUAUCAAUUAUUUUAAGGACAAUGUUUUGGGAAAUAUUUUUAAAGCUAUUAGUUUCUAUGCAAGGCCACUGCUUAAUUUAUGAAAUUAUAGCAGUCCUGCAAAGAAAGACUAGUGCUAAUAAUGUUUAUAAAAUUAAUGACAUUUGGAAUAUAAUGCUUGAGGAAAUUCGAGAAUUUUUAACAAAGUAUCUGCGUAGUCCUAAAAUAAUAUCUGCUGAAGAGAAAUCCAAGAAUCGUGAUAGUAAUAGUAAUACAGAUAUUAAUGGAAAACAAAUAGAUGGCACAAAUACAAAUAAUGUAUUGUAUCAGAAUAAUAUAUAUUCUUUGCAAGAUAAUAUUGAUAAUAAUGAAAAAAUUUUACAUUAUUCUAAUGAUCUGAAAAAUCUUUUCAAAGAUAUUUUCCCUGGCUUUACUGUAAAUUCUAGUGUAGAUAUGAAUAAUAUCUAUAUCAAAGAAGAUUCCUUAGAACAAGAUAAUAGUGUAAUACCAGCUUCUAUUUUUAAUAUGAGAUUAAUCCUGGAGCCAUUUUUAUUGUUCUCUAAGGCUGUAGGCCAAAUUCUUCCAGAUGAUAAUAAAAAAAUGCUAUCUUCGAAAGCUUUCUUCCUUAAAUAUAUUAAUGAAGAGGUUUUUCCAGAUUUGCAGAGAACCUUUACAUACUUGUUUAAUACAAGAGUGCGUUCGAACAAUCCAUAUAGAAUACAUGUACUACAUGAUAAUAGGAAGAUUCUUGGUGCUGCUCAUGACUUUAUGAUAUUAUUUGCAAAUUUAUUAUUUAUUACUAGGACUUCUCAUAGUUACAAAAAACUAGUAUGCAGUGCAUUACUAAAUUUAUUGGAUUCAUUUUUUAAAUAUUAUCAUAAUUUAUUUGAGAAUUUAUUUGGUACAAAAGUUAAAUCUGAAUACGUGAAGCAAAUUAUUACUCUAUGGUUGCAAGAUGAACAGUUGAUGAAAUUAGAAGAAGGUGCAGUUUAUCAAGGUAAGUUUAAUCAAGAUCAGGAAUACGAGCUGUUAGUAAAAUAUUGUCCACAAUUUUUUGAAACUGGAAGAGGAUUAAAUUCUAGUGAUUUAUUUAAUAUGGCAACUUUGGAUGCAAUUAUUAACUUCAACGCCACUAUAAGCUGGGUUUUGGAAUGGUUACCUCAAUUAAGAAAAGUUGUACAAGUGAAUAAGGGGGAUGCUCUUCAAGAUAUUGAUCAAUUAAGAAAUGAUUGGUCAUUAUUUGAAUCUCCAACAUUUGUUCGUGAAGAAAGAAUGAAAUCUUUAAAGAUAUGUAUGAUCAACCAAACAGUUGGAAACUUUGAUAAAAUAAUCAAUAACUUUAAAGAUUUACGCGUUAAAUUAAUGACGGUUUUACGAUUUGAUAUACGAGCCAGAUGUAUUUAUUAUAUUGGUAGAACGUUCCAAGAAAAUAAAAAUUGGUAUUUGAAUACUGAUAGUUUUGAAUUAGAUCAUAAUAUUUCAUCUUUGAGAUCAGAUUUAAUUAAAAAUGAAAGCAAGAUGGUCAUACAAUUACCAGGAAAGGAAAAAUAUAAGGUAUUUGUUGGCCUUGAUAGUACAAUCAAUAAUUUGUUUAUUAAAUCAAGUAAAUCUAUUCAAAUUAUCAAUUAUAAUGGAUGUAAGAAACUGGUAAAGAAUAUUACAUCUUUACAAUUAACUUGUAGAAAUUUAAUCUUUGAAGAUAGUUCAUCUGUGAAUAUGAACAAAUCUAUUAAUUUCUAUGAUUUGUGUAAAGAGGAUGAAAACCAAUUUUUCAUAAAAUUAAAUAACGGCGAAUUGAAAGAUUACUCCAAAUUAGAUUUAGAAACAUUAUUAAGACUUUUGUAUAGCGAAGAAAUUAAUCUUCAAGCUAGAAAGCAAAAACAAUUUCCGAAUAAGACAUUAGAAAAUUCGGGUGUAACGAAAAGAUAUCAAAAUGCAGUUCAAAAAUUAAGAAGUAGUAUAGCUACUAAUAAUACUUCAAAUAUUCCUAAUGGUGCUACCACCUCAAAUAAAACCAAUUAA